AUGUUAUCGAUUUCCGUCGCUUGUUCGUUUUGUGGACAAGACUUCGUCUCGCCUUGUCGCCAUUCGUGGCGAUGUAAACAACGGAUUAAUCACGCUGAACAAGACCGCCCUAAUAUUACAUCGAGAGAAGUGCCUGUUAUGCAGUCACCUAAUGUUCCUGUACCAAGUCGCACUGUUGUUAAGUGUUGUUGUGGUAAGAUAUGCAAAGGUGCGCGUGGCCUUAAAAUGCAUCAGCAUAGUUGUCAAGUGAUAUAUGGCCUUAACGGGGAGCUGUCUGCUGAUCUUGAAGAGCAAAUAACGAUGGAUAACACUGCAGAUACCCCUGAAAAUGACAAUUCUAUUAACGACAUUGAUAUGACUAAUGACGAAAGUUUUCCCGAACUGAAACAAGAUAUAAAUUUACCUAAAAAUGACUCUGGGUGGCAAACGGCUAAUGAUUAUUUUAAAUGUGCGCUACAGUUAAAUGAUCCAAUCAGAAUGCAAGAC